UGACAACUACAUUACUACAUUACUAGUAGUCCAUGACUCACCACCUCACUAGCAAGCAAUACUAGUACCCCACUAGUAGUCUAGAUUACUACUAUAUAAUAACAUACUACUCCCACACGCUCUUCACCACCACCACAAUGUCCCAACUAACAUUCACCCAACCCACCGCCCUCCUCCUAAUCGACAACCAAAACGGUUUCACCCACCCAACCCACUGGGGUCCAUCCCGCUCCAACCCCAACUACGAAGCCAACAUCCAAUCCCUCCUCACCACCUUCCGCAACACCCUCACCACAUCCCCAUCUCCAUCAUUUCAACAACAACAUCAUCACCACGAAAUAAUCCACAUCUUCCACUCCUCCACAACGCCCACCUCCCCCUUACACCCAACCUACACCACUCCCACAGGAGAGCAAGGCAUCGACCCCCUCCCAAUCUGCAACCCACUUCCCACCGAGAAACAGAUCUGGAAACAUGUCAAUUCCUCAUUCAUUGGCACCGAACUGGAAGAAUAUCUCCGCGAGAAGGGGAUACGGCAGUUGAUUGUGGCCGGGUUGACGACGGAUCAUUGUGUGUCGACGACGGUGCGGAUGGCGGCGAAUUUGGGGGUUGUUGAUAGGGUUAAAUCAUCAGAGGAUGAGGAGGAGGACGUGGAUAAAGGACGGAUUAUUCUUGUUAGUGAUGCCACUGCUACGUUUGCCAAGGGGGGAUGGGAUGCCGAGACGGUGCAUCAGGUGUCGGUGGCGAGUUUGGAUGGGGAGUUUGCGGAGGUGAGAGGGGUGGGGGAGGUGGUGAGGGCGUUGGAGGAGUAUUCUGCUUCGAACUAGAUCUUAUAUAUAGAGGGUGUGAGAUUUAUGAUGAUGGUGUGGAC